UAUAUGGUGGAAAUGGAAGAAAGGAACCAAUAUACGGAGAAGGUGGUACAAGGCCACCUCAGAUGUCAGGCGCACAAUGGAGUCCAACCAUUGAACGAGAGUGUUAUAGAAAUGGUGAAAGGAACGAAGAUGAAGACAGGUACUCUCAGUAACGGCAACAGCAAGGAUUACUAUGAUACAACAAUGGAGCGUCAGCGGUGUGAGGAUAGUACGUACAGUCGCAUCAUUUAUUCAAAUACUGGUGAGGAAGAACCCACGACGCUGAAUGAUGAUGACUUGAAUACAGUUGAUCGUCGGGCUUUAAAUGGUGAUCCGGAUAGGAUUGCGAGGAAAUAG